GUAACCGCGAAAAUACAGACAGUAUUCUAUAGCGAUACUCAAACACAUUAUUUAAAUGAAUUCCCCAGAACUGCCAAAUGUUUCAAAUUGGCCAUAUUUUGUCACAGCAAUCUCUGAAUGUGACCUCAUAACUGCCAAAACAUGUAGUGUUGCGGCUAUUUAAAAAAUAAAAAAUCACAUAAGCGUCGCUUCGGAAGCAACAUGGACGCUAGCAGACGAGUCCAAAGUUAGCUUAAAGCUAACGACUUUACUUGGCCCCAAUCACUGCUAGUUUUGAUCGAUUUAUAUACUUCGUUGGCAGAUUAUGAUGACGCAGAGAGGAAUUGUGUGCUCGGGACAACGUGAUCCAUCACAGAAUAUCAAACGCCAUCACGCUAAAUUGUGUUGCUUUUCUGUCAGUGUCAUAAUUAUACUUGAGGGAAUAUGCCAAAUCGUCACAGCUCAGUGAAGCGUAGCUAAUGGGUUGCACACUAUGACAGGAAAGAACAAGCCACGAUAUGCAGGAAGUGAGGGGUCAGCACAGAGGAAUGUUGGGACCGGCGAGGCAGUGCUACGGACCGAUCAUGGGUGACUGGAGCUUUCUGGGAAAUAUUUUAGAGGAAGUCAAUGAGCACUCUACGGUGAUUGGCAGGGUGUGGCUCACGGUUCUCUUCAUCUUCCGCAUCCUCAUCUUGGGCACGGCGGCGGAGUUCGUGUGGGGCGACGAGCAGUCCGACUACGUGUGCAAUACGCAGCAACCCGGCUGCGAGAACGUGUGCUACGACGAGGCCUUCCCCAUCUCUCACAUCCGUCUGUGGGUUCUGCAGAUCAUCUUCGUGUCCACGCCGUCCCUGGUCUACGUGGGCCACGCCGUGCACCAUGUGCACAUGGAGGAGAAGCGCAAGGAGCGCGAGGAGGCGGAACUUAGUCGGCAACAGGAGCUGAGCGAGGAACGACUCCCGCUGGCACCUGACCAGGGGAGUGUCCGCACCACGAAGGAGACCAGCACAAAAGGAAGCAAGAAGUUCCGACUGGAGGGCACCUUGCUAAGGACCUACAUCUGCCAUAUCAUUUUUAAGACACUCUUUGAGGUGGGCUUCGUGGUGGGCCAGUACUUCCUGUACGGCUUCCGCAUACUGCCGCUGUACAAAUGCAGCCGUUGGCCUUGCCCUAACACCGUAGACUGCUUUGUGUCUCGCCCCACAGAGAAGACGGUCUUCAUCAUUUUCAUGUUGGCCGUGGCUUGCGUCUCACUCUUCCUCAACUUCGUAGAGAUCAGCCACCUAGGCCUCAAGAAGAUCCGUUUUGUUUUUCGCAAGCCGGCGCCCGCCCCGGCGCAAGGCGAAGGCUCGGCCGCCCUGCCGCCGGGAAAAAGCCUGCCCCCUUUGGCGGUGUCCUCCUUGCAGAGGGCCAAAGGUUACCGGCGGCUGGAUGAGGAGAAAGCUCCACCCAUAACCCACCUCUACCCGCUGGCGGAAGUGGGCAUGGAGGCGGGCAGUGGGGCCCCACCCUUCCAUGGGCUGGAGGAGAAGGCCGAGGAGGAGCUGCCCAUGGGGGACAUCCCCAAAGCGUACGACGAGACUCUUCCCUCCUACGCCCAGACCACCGAGACUGGAGAGGGGACAUUGCAGCAGCCGGAUGCAUCCAAGGAGGCGCCUCCGGUCGGGGUGGAAGGUGGAGAAUGGCAGGGUACCGAGGCAGAGGCGGAGGGGGCGGUCCUCCGGGAGGGAGGGAGCGCGCUGGCCCAGGCAGGGAGGAAGGCGGCGGAUACGAUAGAGGACAGCAGACCUCUGAGCCGCCUGAGCCAAGCGAGCAGUAAGGCCAGGUCGGACGACCUCACCGUAUGAACACGCUACGGCGGGCGCACGCAUGUACCACUGCACUCCAUAUCCACGCCUGGGAGAGCACACACACGUAGACACACUUCUGAAGGGGCAACUCAAAGUCAAUAAAUCGAACCACAGGCAUUUAUCUUAGCAUUAGCAUCGCCGACCUGAAUUUUGCCAUUAAGAUUUGUCACUGGGAAAUGAUAGAAAAUGCUCUUAGUUUUGAAAUGGUAUGAAAUAAUAAUGGGAGAAAAGAAAUCCACACCCCACCCUUCUCAUCCUCGGUAAAAUAAAAUAAGUAGCCAUUCAAUACAUCGGCGGAGGUAAACUAAACGGAAUUUAAAAAAUACAAAUCGGGACAAUAAUGAUUGUGUCAAAUAUGAAACAAAAAGUGUGCUCCUGGUCUUCAAAACUUGCAGGAGGGACAUGUUUUUACUUUACAAAAAGAAACUCUAUGUUCCAUUUUUAAGUACCAUCUUUUUUUUAUCUAAGGUUUUAAUCAAGAGUAGACAUUUUUACAACCUGGAGAGAGUUUUAGUUUAUUUGUGUGUCUGCCGAUCAGUAACUCUGCUGGAGUUCAUUUCCCAUUCAACCAAUGUCAUAAUGCGACAAGUGCCUACUUUUACACUUUUAUACAACGUGCGCAGCUCUUUGUCACCGGCAAAAGUUACAUUUUCGGAGUCGAGGGAGAGCACCUUUUUGCACAUGCAGAGUUCACACGCUGUGCGAAACUUUUUUUUUUUUAACACCUCGACGAUGCAUCUCUUUCCACAGGAAUCCUUUCAAGUGCAAGCAUCUCAAGUAGUGAGGAGAGAAAAAAAAACUUUAGAAAGACCGCUUGCCUGAAUGUCUUUUUCAAUGUGGUGCUGUUUAUAUCCGGUCUAGAUUUGUGCGACCUUUUUCCGUAGAUUGUGAUGCGAUUUUGAAAAAGAGCGGGGCUUAUUUUGCCCUAUUAGAGAGCAAACUACAGAGCCACCUCAGACCAAAUCCUCUCUCUUUUUGCGCUGUACAAACAGGCGUGCGGGUGAUAAAGAUCUUGCCCCAUCAGCACAAAGUAUUGUUGGGAGGCGGGACAAUAAAAGAAACGGGUGCCAUCAAUGAAAACAAGUAUCCUUAACCUCGUUUGUGGGGGCAAGACAAAUACUUGACUGAGUUUGACCAGAGGAGAAUACACUAAAAGAUACUUUUGCCAAAAGUCUGGGAGAAAAGUGUAUAUACACUGUAGCGCCAAUGUCAUGUCUUAUAUUGUACAUACUGUGCUGUUUUCGGGACUUAACUGUCUCGACAGCUUACACAUUUAAUUUAACACUGUCAGAAAAUAGCAAUGUUCCAUCACGGAUGCUAUUUCAGAAGCUAAAAUAUGUCAUUCACCAGCAAGUAUUACGAUAAAUGAAGCAUCAUCAUCAGGCAACCAUUUUUUUUCUUGUGUAUUUUCUGGAAGCAUGUGAACUAUUAUUUAUUUUUCUUCAUAGAGCAACAUGAUGGACACCUAAGAAUCUUGAAAUUGUGAAUAAAAACACAUUUAAAGUUGCCUAUACACACACACAUCGUUCAAUGUAUGACAGGCAGCUUUGACCUUUGUGUAAGCUGUUAAAAACAUUUUUAAAAAUGUCACAAGGUCCCUGUUUACACCCAUAAUGUGCUAUAACUGCUAUUGUACAACUGUGUAUUUUUAUUUAGACCGGUGCAUUGCUUGUGAUGUUUGUAAAAAGACAUGCAUAUAUAUAUAUAUAUAUAUAUAUAUAUAUAUAUAUAUGAAAUAAUUUUUACUAACUUGUAGUCUUCUCUGAUGAUAGUUGUGUAGUGCGGCAGUAUCUUCUUUUUAAAUACAAUAAUAAAAAAAAGUCACAUGUGGUCAAGCUGUGUUGCCGUUUUGUAUAACUUAUCACACACACACAUACAAACAUGCCGUACAGACAUUGCUGUACGAGUCACACCUCCUGUCAUCAUGUAAACUGUUGUUAACCACAUUUAGUUGACCUGUAGGUUAAACUUGCAUCUUUACUAUGUAAAGUGAUGCAGGGACCAGCAGAGGUCCCUGUGAUCACAUUUUCUAGUUUCUGCUCGCAACAGUGGAUUACUACACACAAGACACAUACAUACACUAAAUAGUUUAUUUCUUUUUAUAAUACUGUAACAUACUGAGUAAUUUUCGCACCUUCUCACGGCCAUUUGUUGCUUGCCAGAAUUUCUUAUCAUUGAAAAUUGAGCAGUUUUGCUUCACACAGUAGAGAAAUUUUU